CAGCCGCAGCGUGCAUUAGCCACCGUGUUGCCGUUUUACGGCUCGAGUAGCUCUUCCAGCCUUUCUGGAAGAUCUGCCAACGACCGCGCACACGGCAAACACGUGUGGCUCGACAGCAGCCAGGACCCACAGGAGACCCAAACACGGCGCGGCGCACGAGCUCCAGCGACCAAGCCCUGCCCUGGUUGCUGAAAGCAGGAGGAAGCAUCGCAACGAACGCGCGGCGCGAGCACCAAGGACCCAUGGACAUUAGAAUAGUGGACGUCGAGUGGGCGCUCGACGACGCGGGCGCGACCUACCAGGCUUAUGUGGUGGAGAUCGCGCGCGGCCUGAAGACGUGGGCGGUGCGCCGGCGCUACAGCGCCUUCGACGACUUAAGGAGAGCCGUCUCGAAGGAGCUCGGGCCCCUCGCGUCGCCGUUCCCCGGGAAGAAUUUGUUCGGCCGGGCGGACCCGGCGAAAAGGCAAAGGGAGCUCGAGGCCUGGCUGCGCGAGCUCGCGCUGGCCGUGGCCCCCGCUCCGGCCGCCUACGCGGCCUUCACGAGCUUUAUACGGGAGCCGCCGGACGCCGCGCCGAAGGCGACGCCCCCCGAGAAGCCCGCGCGGCGCUCCAUCGUCGAGCCGCCCGCGCCGGCGCCCGAACCUCCAAAGCCGCCGUCUCCCCCAAAAUGGGACCCGUCGUUCAUGUCGUCCGACCCGCUCGCCGGCCUCGCGGACGCGCUGCCGGAACCGCUUCCACCGAAGCCGGCGCCCAAACCCAAACCUCCGCCGAAGCCGCCGCGCGCACAAAAGCCCGAGGGCGAGGCCGUCCGGAAAUUCCCGCAGACGACGGCGCGCGCGACGUUCCUGACGGGCGGCGCCAAGACCUACGCCGCGACGGGCGAGGGCCUGCGCGACGCCAUCAAGGCCGGCGAUUUGAACGGUGUGAAAGAUGUGCUGGCGAGGGAUUCGAGUUUGGCGUCGUACCAGGACCGCCAGACCGAGUCCAUGCUCCACCUCGCGGCGCUCUUCGACCACGCGUCGAUCGCGCUCGCGCUGGCGGCGCACGGCGCGGACCCGACGGUGACGAACGCCGCGGGCGAGUCGGCAUUGGACGUGGCGCAGCCGUCGCUGCGGUCGAAACUGACCGCGGCGCGGGAGGCGUGGAAGCAGUCUAGUAAUUAACAAACAA